CCCAGAGAAGAGGAAGAACAAAUCAGUUCAUUUGAUAUCUUUCUUUCGAGCUUGUCUUCUUUAUGUUACUAACUAACAAUGGAGUUGCAGAUAUCCUUAUUCCAGGUCCUCAUCACCUUCUUCCUGGUUUUGUUUAUGGCAGCAAUCACUAGUAUAAGGAAAUCUAAAGCUAGGAAUUUAACUCAAGGGUUGAUUCCAGGGCCACGGAAAUUACCUUUGAUCGGAAAUCUGCACCAGCUCGCCGGUCCUGGUCUACCCCAUCACACCCUACGUGACUUGGCUACGAAAUAUGGCGCCAUCAUGCACCUGCAACUCGGUCAAAUUUCCACUGUCGUCGUUUCUUCUGCAGAAAUGGCUAAAGAGAUUAUGAAAACCCAUGAUAUUGUCUUUGCUAAUAGGCCUGUUCUCGCUUCGGCUAAGAUUCUAACUUACGGGUGCACUGAUAUUGCCUUUACACCAUAUGGAAACUAUUGGAGAAAUCUGCGAAAAAUUUGCACAUCGGAGCUUCUGAAUGCGACUCGGGUCGCUUCCUUCCAAUCCAUAAGAGAAGAGGAAGUGCUGAAUCUCGUCGAAACCAUAAAACCAAAUGAAGGAUCGGCUGUGAAUCUGAGCCACAAAGUCUUUUCACUGAGUUAUGGCAUAACAGCGAGGGCAGCCUUUGGCAAGAAAUGCAAAGAUCAAGAAGCCUUCAUAUCAGUUGUUACAGAGGAAACCAAGGUGAAUUCUGGUUUCCUUGUUUCCGAAUUUUUUCUCCUUAAAUUCCUGGAUACUGUUUUGGGUCUAAAGCAUAAAGUUGAAAAGAUUCAUGGAGAAGCUGACAUGAUACUUGGGAAUAUUGUUAACGAUCACAAAGAAAGUAGAGCAAAAGGCAGAAGUAAAGAUGAAAACAAGGAAAAUCUGGUUGAUGUUCUUUUAAGGAUUCAGGAGGAUGGUGAAUUUCCCUUGACUGACAACAACGUCAAAGCCGUCAUCUUAGACAUUUUCAGUGGCGGAAGUGAGACAUCAGCAGGAGCUGUAGAGUGGGCAUUGUCGGAAAUGAUUAAAAACCCAAGAGUUAUGACAAAAGCACAAGAAGAGGUAAGGCAGGUAUUCCAAGGCAAAGGAAAUGUAGAUGAAACAGGCAUUCAUCAACUUAAAUAUCUCAAGUGUGUUAUAAAAGAAACCUUAAGACUGCACCCUGUUAUACCUUUAUUGAUUCCAAGAGAAAGUAUGAAGAAUUGUGUGGUUAAUGGAUUUGAAAUACCUGCAAAGACCAGAGUCAUUGUGAAUGCAUGGGCAAUCGGGAGAGAUCCUAAUCAUUGGGUUGAGCCUGAAAGGUUUGUCAACAGUUCAGUUGAUUUCAUAGGGACAAAUUUCGAGUUCAUCCCAUUUGGGGCAGGAAGGAGGGUAUGUCCAGGCAUAUUAUUUGCUCUGCCAACUGUAGAGCUCCCGCUUGCUCAACUGUUGUUCCAUUUUGAUUGGAAGCUACCAAGGGGAAUGAAGCAGGAAGAUAUAGACAUGACUGAGGUGUUUGGUGUAACUGUGAGAAGGAAAAAUGAUCUUGUCCUAGUUCCAAGUCUUUACCGUGCUUCCACUACUGUUGCCUAGAGGCAGGAACAACCUUAGCUUAUGCUGCAUUAUUCUAUUAGGUUGGGAUUGAAUCUCAAGUUUGUUGGUUUGCUUAUAUAUGUAUUGUUAUUUAGCCUAAUAGCCCACCACUUUAUUAUAUUUGUGUUUAUAGCCGACGCUAUCAGUGUUCAUGCUUCUUGUGCAUGGUAAAUGUAACUGUAAGGGCCAAUUUCGUCCGGCCAUCAGAGGCGGUGGUCUCUGUUGCCGAUGACCGACGGUCACAGCGAAGACCCACUGUCCCUAUGACUGAUCUAGGGGUAUUGAGAGAAAAUAAAAACGAAGGAAGUUAAAAAAAAAAAAAAGAACAGAGCACAAAUAAUUUUUUUUUCAGAUUUUUUAAAACUUAAAUAGGGUGUGUGACACGACGGCGUUUUGACUUGGUCUCAGAAGUCCCAAAAAGACGUCAUUUCGAUAUAACCCGAAGACUCGACCCGGAUCCCCUCAGGAUCUGCGUGCUUUUUUAAGGAUGAGAUAAUUUCUGCCUAGGUCCUUCCACUUUUAGGCACUUUUAAUAUUGUCUUGAAUUUGAUUCUUUUUUCUUUCUAAAUUCCACCAUUUAAUUUAAUUUUUUUUAAUUUUUGGUCCUCUUACCGUUGACCCUUUGGGGAGUGACACGUGUAUAGAGGAUUAGGAUAAUUGUCCUUUUAAUCCCUACAUUUUAAUUUAUUUUAAUUUAUCCUUUUUUGUUUUU